AUGGACUCUCUGCGGCAGCUUGCCAUGAAAUUUUUAGAACGUGAGGAGCUGGCAAAUUACAAUUUUCAGAAUGAAUUUUUGAGACCAUUUGUGGUUGUCAUGCAGAAGAGCUGCUCUGCUGAGAUCAGAGAAUUAAUAGUUCGGUGUAUUUCACAGAUGGUCCUUAGCCGUGUCAAUAAUGUGAAAUCAGGCUGGAAAAGUGUUUUUAUGAUAUUUACAGCUGCUGCAGCAGAUGAAAGGAAGAACAUAGUCUUGUUGGCCUUUGAAACCAUGGAAAAAAUUGUUCGAGAAUAUUUUCCUUACAUUACCGAAACAGAGACAGUGACUUUUACUGAUUGUGUGAGAUGCCUCAUCACCUUCACACACAGUAGAUUUAACAGUGACGUUAGCCUCAAUGCCAUUGCUUUUCUGCGGUUCUGUGCUGUCAAACUUGCUGAUGGGGGACUUGUUUGCUAUGAGACAAGUAAGGAUGAUAACUUAUCUGCUCCUGUAGUAGAUGGUGAUGCUUCUGAUGGACAAACUUUUACAGACAAAGAGGAUCAUGUGUCCUUUUGGAUUCCCUUGCUUACAGGGUUAUCAAGACUGACAUCAGACCCCAGAUCUGCUAUCAGAAAGGGUGCUUUGGAAGUGCUCUUCAACAUUUUGAAGGAUCAUGGCCAUCUUUAUUCUUAUCCAUUUUGGACGAGUGUUUACAACUCUGUAAUUUUCCCCAUAUUCAAUUCCGUACGUGACAAAAGAGAAACUCAGAUUGAUGACCAUUUGUCACCAGCAUACAGAUCUGCACAUCCUGAUGGAAGUAUGUGGGAUUCUGAAACUUCUACUGUAGCAGCUCAGUGUCUAGUAGAUCUAUUUGUCAAUUUCUUUAAUGUGGUGAGGUCUCAACUACGUGGAGUGAUAUCCAUACUGGUGGGUUUCAUCAAAAGUUCUGGUCAGGGUCCUGGAAGGACCGGGGAAGUGGCAUUGAUGCAAUUGGUGGGUGACUUAGGAGGUAGACUUUCGGAAGAGGAAUGGGGAGACAUCUUCCUUGCAUUGAAAGAGGCAGCAGUUUCUACAAUGCCUGGAAUCUUAAAACUAGUAAGAACUAUGGAUAGCAUUGAGAUGCCUGAUGUUGCUCAAUCCUAUAAUGAUUUGGAGAUCUUAUCUGGCCAAGGAUUGACCAAUGGUGACUCUGAGGACGACAACUUGCAAACUGCAGCAUAUGUUGUUUCAAGGAUGAGGAGUCAUAUAGCUGCACAGCUAUUCAUCAUACAGGUUCGUUCUCUCUCUCUCUCUCUGUGUUGUGUGUGUGCCUGCCAAUCUAUGUUCCUGCUUGUUAUUCUUGGGUUAUAUGCAUCCCACUAUAACUGUAAAGAGAUCUUGUAUCUCACGUGA